AUGGCAACAACAAUACUGCCUUUCCACUUCAAUUUGCUCACGUGGUUUAGUGUUCGAUGUCUAAUACAAUGGCCUACUAGCAUAAAGCUCAUCUAUAGAAUCUACUCGUUAAUUAUGUUCACUUCGUUAAUCUCCUUGAACAUCUUCCAAGUGGCUAAAUUAUUUUUCGUCAAAUUAGAAAAUUUCAGCGACUUCAACAGUUUAUUCACAUUUAAUUUGGCACUACAGGCGGGUAUGAUAAAGGCUAUGACUUUCUUGUUCAACGAAGAAAAAGUAGAUCGGUUAAUUAACAUGUUCGAAGAAGAUUGUUGUUUGGCACAAGAUUUAUUCGAGAAGAAUAUCCGCAAAGUAUACGAAGAUAAAUGCAUAAAGCUUGCAAAAAUAGUAUUCUUCUGUUUUGAGAUUCUGAUGGUGUCAUUUGUGACAACUCCAUUAGCAUUUGACAUAGAAUUGCGGGUUCUACCUUAUCCAGUUCAUCUGCCUUAUAGCCUCUCGAAUUUAGUGAUUUAUUGGUUGACAUAUGCUGACCAUGUAAUCAAUUGUAUUUAUCUCGGGCACGUUUCCCUUCUUGGUGACCUCAUAUCUACAAGUUUCAUGUGGCAUUUGUGUGGACAAUUAGAGAUAUUGAAACAUAGACUGCAAAAGUUAAAUGGAAAAGUUUCCCAAUUCAAUACAGUCAGCUUUGAGAAACAGAUAAUGAAAGAAUGUAUACAGCAUCACGUUCAUUUGUAUGACAUCGCCGACGCGAUAUACGCUGCCUUCAGCAUCUGCAUCGUGUUUCAGUUCUACUGCGACGCUUUGGCCGUUUGCAUGAGUGUAUACCAAUUGACUACAAUGACUGCUGGUGUAAUGGAAAAACUUGCUUUCCUUAGCUACGUUGGUAUGAUGCUUGGGCGAUUGUACCUUGUGUGUUACUUUGGAAAUGAAGUGGUUAGUGAAGAUCUGGCCGAUGCAAUAUUCCAGAUCGACUGGACGCCACUUUCCACGGAGGUAAAGAAAAGUCUGCUGAUGAUGAUUAUUAGAACAUCGAAACCCAUCAUAGUUUCAAGCAGAUUUUUCGUACGCCUCAUGCUGGAAACUUUCAUAAAGGUUGUCAAGGUUUCAUACUCCGGUUACAGCCUGCUUAAAUCCUCAGUAUGA